AUGAACAGGAAAAAAAAUGUUAUCUCUAAUAUUAUUUUAUAUCUCAGAUACCACUCCCUUGUAGCUAAAGAUUUCCUUAUUACAGAUAUGCCAACUUUAAAAAUAUACAAUAAAAAAGAGAAAAAAAAAGUAUUAAAUUAUCUUAUGAGGUUUUUUAUGUUCACUUUUUUAGUUUGGAUAUCACAAUGUUUUGAUACUUGGGUUUCUUUUAGAUCAUGUAAUCAUGAAAAUGAAUUAAAAAACGUACUUAAUUUAGGAAUUAAAAGAUCAUUAACAGAAAAUAAAAAUAUAGCAAUGCCAGCAGAAGAAGGAUCAAAAUUCUGUGAACAUGUAGUUGUAACAGAAGGAACUUUGGAAUCAUGGAAUGAGCAAAAUGCUAUAAGGGGAAGUAUAGAUGCAAAAGAAGGAAAUGGAAUAGAGAUAAAGGAAAAAAAUCAAAAAGUGAAAUUUAAUGAAAGAAUUUUAGGAAUAUUCAAAAAUAAUUUUGAACUAAUUAUAUUGUUUGUUGUUUUUAUCUUAUCAAUUUUUUCGUUUAUAUUUUCUAUAAUAGAUGUUACAACUAACAUAUAUAUUUACUUUCCGAUUGAUGAGAUGUCUAUCUUGUCUAUUUUAAUUUUUUCAAUACUUUUAACUUACAAGGAAAUCAAAAAUAAACGUAAAAACAAAUUUAAGUAA